AUGAGCACCGACAGUAACUCUUUGGCACGUGAAUUUCUGACCGAUGUCAACCGGCUUUGCAAUGCAGUGGUCCAGCAGGCAGAGGCCCGGGGGGAGGAGGAGGAGGAGGAAGAGGAAGAGGAGGAGACGCACAUGGCAGCCCUGGGACAAUACCUUGUCCACGGCCGCGGGUUCCUUUUGCUUACCAAGCUGAACUCCACCAUUGACCAGGCGCUGACCUGCAGGGAGGAGCUGCUCACGCUCCUCCUGUCCCUCCUCCCGCUGGUGUGGAAGAUUCCUGUUCAGGAGGAACGGGCAGCAGAUUUUAACCUACCGUUCUCCGUUGACAUAAUCCUGACCAAAGAAAAGAACUCAAGUUCACCAAGAUCCACUCAGGAAAAAUUACACUUAGAAGGGAGUGCCCCACCGCCUCAGGUCUCCGCAAAAGUGAAAAGCAGGCGGCAGCGUAAGGCAGCCCACCCCUGCCCCGUGAGAGACGCGAGAAAGACUCAGCCCUCCACCUCGGGCUCGGAGGCCGACUCGGGCGACAGGAGGCCCCGGCGGCCCCCCCAGCUGCAGCCUUUGGUAGCCCAGGCUCCUAAAGAGGGGGGACCUGCAGCGCCCCCCACCCGCCUGUCCACCAGAGGACAGACCCCCCCAGAGAGCAUGGCUUCGGGGCGUUUCCAACAGGCAAACGCGGACAUUUUAAGUGAGCCAGCUGCCUUGUCUAUCAUCAGCCACAUGAGCAAUUCUCCGUUUGACUUAUGUCACGUCUUGUUGUCUCUGCUAGAGAAAGUCUGUACGUUCGACAUGAACUCGAAUCAUAACUCUGCCCUGGCGGCCAGCGUCGUGCCCACGCUGACCGAGUUCCUCGCCGGCCUCGGGGGCUGCCGUGACCUCGGGGACGGCUCGGACAGCCAGGCGGUUGCUGCAGGUUGGACGGAGGAGCCGGUGGCCCUGGUCCAGCGCAUGCUUUUCCGGACGGUGCUGCAUCUCAUGUCCGCGGACGUCAGCGCGGCGGGGACGAUGCCGGACAGCCUCAGAAAGAACCUCACCGAGUUGCUCAGAGCGGCUUUACGGAUCCGAACGUGCCUGCAAAGGCAGCCCGACCCCUUCGCCCCGAGACGGAAGACGACCCUGCAGGAGGUGCGGGAGGGGUUCGCGUUCUCCCGGCACCGGCACCGGGCCCUCCUGCUGCCCGAGCUCCUGCAGGGCCUGCUGCAGCUGCUCAGCUGCUGCCUGCACAGCGCGGCCGGCAACCCCUUCCUCUUCAGCCAGGCCGUGCACCUGGUGCAGGAGUUCACCCAGCACCGCGGCUUCCACCUGUUCGAGACGGCGGUCCUGCAGCUGGAGUGUCUGAUCCUGAGAGGUGGCGGCCCCGCCGAGGCCCCCGCCCGGCUGCGGGCCCUGGUCAGCGGCGUGCUGAGGAUCAUGGGCGCCGUCAAGAAGGUGAAGUCCGAGCAGCUCCACCACUCCAUGUGCACCCGGCAGAGGCACCGGCGGUGCGCGUACUCGCACUUCAUGCACCAUCACCGGGACCUCUCGGGGCUCCUGGUCUCGGCGUUCAAGAGCCAGGCGUCCACCAACCCCUUCGAGGAGUCCCCGGACGGCGCCGUGCGCUACCCCGAGCGCUGCUGCUGCCUGGCCGUGUGCGCGCACCAGUGCCUGCGCCUGCUGCGGCUGGCCUCGCUGGGCAGCACGUGCCUGCAGGUGCUGGCCGGCGUGCAGGACGUGGGGCUGUGCUGCUGCAUGGACCCCAAGUCCGUCAUCGGCCCGCUGCUCCACGCCUUCCAGCUGCCGGCGCUGAAGACCUUCCAGCAGCACAUACUGAACGUGCUGAGCAGGCUCCUUCUAGACCAGCUGGGCGGCGCCGAGACGCCGCCGAGAGCGAAGAAGGCGGCGUGCAAUGUCUGCGCCGUUGACGCCGACCAGCUGGCCAAGCUCGAGGAGACGCUGCAGGGGCCCGCGGGGGACGAGGAGCCCGCCUCGGGCCUGCCCAGUCCCUACAGGUGUCCCGGCAUCCUGCCCAGCAGCGGGUCCGAGGACUGGCUGUGGCGGUGGGACGCCCUCGGGGAAUAUCAGAAGCUCGUGUUUGACGAAGACGGGUUACACAGCGUGCCGGUCGCGAACCACAUCUGCAGCUUGGUGCAGAGAGGCCACGUGGUGGUCCGGUGGAAGCUGUACGGCCACAUCUUCAACCCCGUGCUCCAGAGAGGCGUAGAGCUGGCCCGGCGCUGCCGGCACCCGAGCGUCCCUCCGGCCCAGACGCACGUGUGCGGCCGCCAGAGCCAGUGCCUGCCUCGGGACGUGCUUCAGGUUUAUGUGAAAACGCUGCCUGCCCUGCUGAAGUCAAGGGUAAUAAGAGAUUUGUUUUUAAGUUGUAACGGAGUAAGUCAAAUAAUUGAAUUAAGUUACUUAGAUGGCAUUCGAGGUCAUUCCCUGAAAGCGUUUGAAACUCUGAUAAUCAGCCUCGGGGAGCAGCAGCAGAGAGAGUCUCCGGUGCCAGGGGCCGAGGGGCCGGAGGAGGAACCGAAGGAGCCGGCAUCCUUCCACGCAGGCGCCUCUGCCCACAGCCAGCAGGCGCUCUCCAACUGUCCCCAGAGCCUCAGCAAGUUCUACGCCAGCCUCCGCGAAGCCCACCCGCGGACGCGCAGGGCCGCCCCCCACGACGCCCACAUCCACGCGAUCCACCUCUUCCUCUGCGUGGCCUUCCUGUGCGUCAGCAGAGAGGCCGACGCCGACGGGGAGCCCGCCAACGACUCGGAGGACACGUCCGGCUACGACAGCACGGCCAGCGAGCCCCUGUGCCAGCAGCUGCCCUGCCUGCCCCUGGACAGCCUGGCCCUGCCGCCCCCCGAGCGCAUGCACCAGGCGGCCGACAUCUGGUCCAUGUGCCGCUGGAUCUACACGCGGAGCCCCGCCUUCCAGAAGCAGCUCUGCAGGCUGGGCGGCGUCCGCGUGUGCCAUCGGCUGAUUCUCAUGAUCAUCCAGAGGCUGUCCCGGGGGCCCGGCCAGGAGCCAGGGAAGAAGGAGGGCGCCGCGGCCGCACAGGAGGACCCGGAGCCCGUGAGCACUGCCCCCUCGGAGGUCUCCGAGGAGGAGGACUCGGGGUCUUCGGCUGUGAGAGGCGCCCCCGUCCCGUCUGGCCCGGGCGGUCCAGAGGGGAUCGCCGACGGAGCAGGUGCAUCGGAGUCACGGCACGCUGCGUCCACGAACGGGGAUCCGAUGCCCGCGGCCGGAGCUGCGCCUGAGGAAGCAGAGGGGCCUGCGAGUGGAGCGAGUGAAGCGGCACUUCAGAGCGUCCGGCUGCUGGAAGCCCUGCUGGCCAUCUGCCUCCACGGCACCCGAGCCAGCCAGCAGCGGGCGGAGGGGGAGCCGCCCGGCCAGAACUUGUCUGUGGAAAACAUAUUGUUUGAAAUGAGGGACCACCUUUCCCGGUCCAAGGUGAUUGAGACGGAACUGGCGAAGCCGUUAUUCGAUGCCCUGCUCCGAGUCGCGCUGGGGAAUCACACGGCGGAUUUCGAACACAGUGACGCUGUGACCGAGAAGAGUCCUCAGUCUGAAGAAGAAUUGUCAUCCCAACCCGGAGCGUUUUCAGAAGACGCGGAGGAUGCUGCAUGUGGUGGUUUUAAACUUUUGGUUGAAGAAGAAGGUUAUGAAGCAGAUAGUGAGAGCAAUUCUGAGGAUAGCGAAGCCCAGGAUGAUGGGUUAGACAUAAAGCCUGAAGCAGAAGGUUUCAUUGCAUUAAGCAGUCCAAGCGACUUACUUGAAAACCUCACUCAGGGAGAGAUAAUAUAUCCUGAGAUUUGCAUGCUGGAAUUAAGUUUGCUUUCUACUAGUAAAGCCAAGCUUGAUGUGCUUGCCCACGUAUUUGAGAGUUUUUUGAAAAUCAUCAGGCAGAAAGAAAAGAAUAUUUUUCUACUCAUUCAACAGGGAAUUGUGAAGAAUCUUUUAGGAGGGUUCUUGAGUAUUUUAACACAGACCGAUUCUGAUUUUCAAGUUUGCCAGAGAGGACUGGUGGAUCUGUUGGUGUCUUUGAUGAGCUCAAGAACAUGUUCGGAAGAGCUAACCCUUCUUCUGAGAAUAUUUCUGGAGAAAUCUCCUUGUACAGAGAUUCUUCUCCUGGGCAUUCUGAAAAUCGUUGAAAGCGAUGUUGCUGUGAGCCCUUUACACUAUCUGACCUUCCCCUUACUGCACGCUCCGAACCUGAGCAACGGCGUCUCAUCACCCAAGUGCCCCGGGAUCCUCAACAACAAGGCCAUGGGCUUGCUGAGAAGAGCACGUGUGUCCUGGAGCAGGAGGGAGGUGGACGGGGACAGCGUCCCCCAGCAGCUGCUGUCCUCCUGGCACGUGGCCCCCGUGCACCUGCCCCUGCCGGGCCAGAACUGCUGGCCGCACCUCGCCGACGGGUUCAGCGUCUCCCUGUGGUUCCACGUGGAGUGCGUCCAGGAAGCCGAGAGCCGCCCAGAAAAGCGAAGGAAGAUCAGGAGACGGAGGAAGUCGUUAAGUUUACGAGACAGUAGUUUUGAUGGAGCAGAGAACGACAGGGCAGAAGGCACAGAGCACGUACAUCCUGGUGAGAGGCUCACAGAAGGAGGCUGCAUCCACGUGGUCUCGUUGGGAUCCAAAGCGCUGAUGAUCCAAGUGUGGGCUGAGCCCCCCACUGGCACCUUCAUCUUCCGCCUGUGUGUGGAUUCAAACGAUGAUGCAAAAGCUGUUUUACUAGCUCAGGCGGAAUCACUGGAGAAUGUCUUCCUCCCAAGCAAAUGGCAGCAUUUAGUGCUCACCUACUCCCAGCAGCCGCAGGGGAAAAAGAGCCUUCACGGGCAAGUCUCCAUGUGGGUCUCUGGACAGAGGAAACCUGAUGUUACUUUGGAUUUUAUGCUUCCAAGAAAAACGAGUUUGUCAUCGGAUAGCAAUAAGACGUUCUGCAUGAUCGGCCAUAGUUUGUCAUCCCAAGAAGAGUUUCUGCCGCUGGCUGGAAAAUGGCACCUGGGAAAUUUGCUCCUCUUCAAUGGAGCUAAGGUUGGCUCACAAGAGGCCUUCCACCUCUAUGCUUGCGGCCCCAGCCACACCUCCAUAAUGCUGUGCAAGCAUGGCUCGCCUGCGACUGACUACUCCAAAUACAUCAGCAAAGACAUUCUGCAGUGCGACCAAAUCAGAGAGCUCUUCCUGACCAAGAAAGAUGUGGACAUUGGUCUCUUAAUUGAGAGCCUUUCGGUUGUCUACACGGCGAGCUGCCCUGCUCAGUACACCAUCUACGAGCCGGUCAUCAGGCUUAAAGGGCAGGCCAGAGCCCCGCUCUCCCAGAGGCCCUUCAGCUCCAAGGACGUGCAGAGCGUCUCGCUGGAGCCCCACCAUCUGAGGAGCCUCCGGCCCAGCCAGGGCGAGACCCUCCAGGGUGUCCUGCACGAGAUCGGGGGCACCGGGACCUUCGUGUUCCUCUUCGCCAGGGUUGUGGAGCUCAGCAGCUGUGAGGAAACGCAGGCGUUGGCUCUGCGCGUGCUCCUCUCGCUGAUUAAGUACAACCAGCAGAGGAUGCAGGAGCUGGAGAAUUGCCACGGGCUCUCCAUGGUGCACCAGGUGCUCACCAACGCGAGGUGCACCGUCGGCUUUCACAUCCUGAAGACCCUUCUGGAAGGUUGCUGUGGCGAAGCUCUCCUCCAUGCCGACGAGAACGGCGAGUUCACGUUAGAUGUGGAGUCGAAGGCUAUCAUCCAGGACGUUAAACUGCUGGAGGAGCUGCUGCUCGACUGGAAGGUCUGGAGGAAGGCAGAGCCAGGCGUGUGGGAGGCGCUGCUGGCGGCCCUGGAAUUGCUCAUCCGGGCAGACCACCCACAGCAGAUGUUCAAUGUCAAGCAGCUGCUGAGGGCGCGAGUGGUUCAUCACUUCCUGCUGACCUGUCAGGUUCUGCAGGAACACAAAGAGGGGCAGCUUACCUCCAUGCCCCGAGAGGUUUGUAGAUCAUUUGUGAAAAUUAUAGCAGAAGUCCUUGGAUCUCCUCCAGACUUGGAAUUAUUGACAGUUAUCUUCAAUUUCCUUUUAGCAGUUCACCCUCCUACUAAUACUUACAUUUGUCACAACCCAACCAACUUCUGCUUUUCUUUGCACAUAGAUGGCAAGAUCUUCCAGGAGAAAGUGGACUCGAUCGUGUCCCUGCGACACUCCAGCAGCGGGGGGCGGGCCGGCCCGGGCCCGGGGCUGAUGCCCAUAAGUCCGUCCGGCUUCACCGCGUCCCCGCCCGAAGGACACGGCUCCUCAGGCAGCAUCCCCCCGCGGACGGGGGCCAGCCUGCGGCGCUGCAGAAGCCUGCCCGUGCUCCCCACGUCCUCCCUCGUGCCGCCCCGGGCACUGGCCGGAGGCUCGGACGGGGGCAUCGACAGGUGCCCGGGUGCCUCGGGCAGCCCGGCGGUUCCCCAGCCUGAGCAGUGGGACGCCCCCAGGAGCUCGGAGGCGCUGCAGCAGGCCGAGGAGGAGGAGGAGGAGGCGUCCAUCAGCAGCUGCGAGUCCGCAGAGGCCGUCUGCGAGGUGGACGCUGCCCUCCCGAGACCGGCCUCCGUGGGUGACGUCCCCAGAGGGGCGCUGGAGGGUCCGGGGAUCGGAGUGGAUCAGCAGGAGCCGGAGGCAGAGCCCAGAGCGGACGGGGACAGCCCCGGGGACGAGUCCUGCCCGCGCCGCCCUGACUACCUGCGGGGCCUGGCCUCCUUCCAGCGCAGCCAGAGCACCGUGGCCAGCCUGGGGCUGGCCUUCCCCUCGCAGAGCGGGGCCGCCGCCGUGCGCCGCUGGCCCAGCCUGGCGGACAGGAGCGCCGAGGACUGGGCCGGCCUGGCCCUCUCUCCGGGCUAUGAGCCCAACUACCUCCGCGCUGCACACGCUCCCAGGGUCCCGGAGGACACCCUGGUCCCCAUCUGCUGCGGGCUGUACGAGCUCCUCAGCGGGGUGCUCCUCAUCCUGCCCGACGCGAUGCUGGAGGACGUGAUGGACAAGCUCAUCCAGGCCGAGGCGCUGCUGGUGCUCGUGAACCACCCCUCCCCGGCCAUCCAGCGGGGCGUCAUCCAGCUGUUAGAUGUGUAUUUCAACAGAGCAUCUAAGGAGCAGAAAGAUAAGUUUCUGAAGAACCGGGGCUUUUCCUUACUCGCCAACCAGCUGUACCUCCACCGGGCAACUCCGGAGCUGCUGGACUGCUUCAUAGAAAUGUUCUUUGGUCGGCACAUGGGCCCCGAUGACGAGUUUGAUCAGGAAGAUGUGAAAAACCUGGGAGUGUUCCAGAAGUGGGCUGUCAUUCCUGUCCUGGGGCUAAUAGAGACCUCUCUGUAUGACAACACGCUCCUGCAUAACACUCUGCUGCUCCUUCUCCAAAUACUGAAUUCCUGUGCGAAGGUCGCGGACGUGUUGUUGGAUAAUGGUCUCCUCUACGUGCUGUGUAACACCGUGGCAGCCCUGAACGGACUGGAAAAGAACAUUCCUCUGAACGAAUACAAGUUGCUUGCUUGCGAUGUACAGCAACUUCUCGUCGCCGUGACAAUCCACGCUUGCAGCUCCGCGGGCCCCCAGUAUUUCAAAGUCAUCGAAGACCUCAUUGUGCUGCUCGGGUAUCUUCAAAACAGCAAGAACAAGAGGACGCAGAGCAUGGCCGUCGCGCUGCAGUUCCGCGUCCUGCAGGCCGCCCUGGAGUUCAUAAGGACCACCGCCAACCACGACGCCAACAGCCUCCCCGAGUCCUCCCCAGCUCCUUCUCCCCAUCACACAGCCUUCCCGAAGCGCAAGAGCAUUGCUGGUCCUCGGAAAUGUCCCCUUGCUCACACGGACCCCUUCCUGAUGCGCAUGCGCUCGGUGGCGAGCGACGAGCUUCACGUGAUGAUACAGCGGAGGAUGAGCCAGGAGAGCCCCUGGCAGGCGAGCGAGGCCGAGCUGGUGCAGAGGCUGCAGAGACUCACCGUGCUGGCUGUUAACAGAAUUAUUUACCAAGAGUUUAACCCAGACGUUGUUGCCAUUUUGAGUACUCCAGAAAAUGCCACUCAGAGCAAGACCUCAGCUUCCCAGACUGAAAUUUCUGAAGAAAAUAGUCACUGUGAACAGAUUUCCGUUUUCAAUCCAUUUCAGAAGGAAAUACUGACAUAUCUCAUAGAGGGAUUCAAAGUAUCUAUUGGCUCCAGUAAACCCAGUGGUUCCAAGCAGCAGUGGGCGAAGAUUGUGUGGUCUUGUAAGGACACCUUCCGCACGCAGCUGGGGAGGCUGCUCGCCCACAUCCUGUCCCCAGCCCACCCUGCCCAGGAGAGAAAGCAGAUUUUUGAAAUAGUUCAUGAGCCAAAUCAUCAGGAAAUACUACGAGACUGUCUUAGCCCAUCUUUGCAACAUGGAGCCAAGUUAGCGCUGUAUCUGUCGGAGCUGAUCCACAAUCACCCGGAUGAGCUGACGUGGGAGGAGCUGGACGCGGCCGAGCUGCUGAUGAGCGCGUUGCAGACGUGUGGCCUCAGGGUCCCCCCGCCCGGUGCAGCUGCGAAGCCAGAGCUGCUCAGGACCAUCAGAGAGGAACAAAAGAAAUAUGAAACAGAAGAAAGUGUGAGCAAAGCCACCUGGCAGAAAACCGUUAAAAAUAACCAACAAAGUCUCUUCCAGCGUCUCGAUUUAAAAUCCAAGGAGAUAUCCAAAAUCGCCGCAGACAUCACGCAGGCGGUGUCCUUGUCCCAGGGGAUCGAGAGGAAGAAGGUGAUCCAGCACAUCCGGGGGAUGUACAAGGUCGACCUGAGCGCCAGCCGGCACUGGCAGGAGCUGAGCCAGCAGCUGACGCACGACAGAGCAGUCUGGUAUGACCCCACCUACUACCCCACUUCCUGGCAGUUGGACCCCACGGAAGGACCGAACCGAGAGAGGAGGCGCUUGCAGAGAUGCUACCUCACCAUUCCCAACAAGUACCUCCUGAGGGACCGGCAGAGGCCGGAAGGCGUGGUCAGAUCGCCCCUCUCCUACCUCUUCGAAGACAAGACUCACUCUUCUUUCUCCUCCACCGUGAAGGACAAAGCUGCAAGUGAGUCUAUCAGAGUGAACCGACGGUGUAUCAGCGUCGCCCCGUCUAGGGAGACAGCUGGCGAGUUGUUAUUGGGUAAAUGUGGCAUGUAUUUUGUGGAAGAUAAUGCUUCUGAUACAGUUGAAAGUUCGAGCCCUCAGGGAGAGCUGGAACCGGCGUCCUUCUCCUGGACGUACGAGGAAAUCAAAGAAGUCCACAGGCGCUGGUGGCAGCUGCGGGACAACGCCCUGGAGAUCUUCCUGACCAACGGCCGGACCCUGCUGCUGGCCCUGGACAGCACCAAGGUUCGCGACGACGUGUACCACAGCAUUCUGGCCAACGACCUCCCCAACCUGCUGGAGUACGGCAACAUCAGCGCGCUGACCAACCUGUGGUACACGGGCCAGAUCACCAACUUCGAGUACCUGACCCACCUGAACAAGCACGCCGGCCGGUCCUUCAACGACCUCAUGCAGUACCCCGUGUUCCCCUUCGUCCUGGCCGACUACGGCAGCGAGACCCUCGACCUCGGGGACCCUGCCGUCUACAGAAACCUCUCCAAGCCCAUCGCCGUGCAGUACAAGGAAAAGGAGGACCGCUACGUGGACACGUACAAGUACCUGGAGGAGGAGUUCCGCAAAGGGGCCCGCGAGGACGACCCGCUGCCACCCGUGCAGCCCUACCACUACGGCUCCCACUACUCCAACAGCGGCACCGUGCUGCACUUCCUGGUCCGCAUGCCGCCCUUCACCCGCAUGUUCCUGGCCUACCAAGACCAAAGCUUUGACAUCCCAGACAGAACCUUCCACUCCAUGCACACGACCUGGCGUCUCUCCUCCUUUGAGUCCAUGACUGACGUGAAAGAGCUCAUCCCCGAGUUUUUUUACCUCCCGGAGUUCCUAGUCAACCGAGAAGGUUUCGAUUUCGGGGUGCGUCAGAACGGCGAGCGGGUGAACCACGUCAACCUGCCGCCCUGGGCGCGGAACGACCCACGCCUCUUCAUCCUCAUCCACCGCCAGGCGCUGGAGUCGGACCACGUGUCCCAGAACAUCUGCCAGUGGGUGGACCUGGUGUUCGGGUACAAGCAGAAGGGGAAGGCGUCCGUCCACGCCAUCAACGUGUUCCAUCCCGCGACGUAUUUCGGGAUGGACGUGUCUGCAGUGGAAGAUCCGGUUCAGAGGCGAGCGCUGGAAACCAUGAUCAAGACGUAUGGCCAGACGCCCCGCCAGCUCUUCCAGUCGGCCCACGUGAGCCGGCCGGGCCCCAAGCUCAGCCUCGAGGGAGAGCUGCCCGCGGCCGUGGGGCUGCUCGUGCAGCUGGCCUUCAGGGAGCCCCGGGAGCCGGCCAGAGAAGCCCCGCAGCCGAGCCCUCUGUCGUGGGUAAAAGGCCUGAAGUGGGGCGAGUACGUGGGCUCCCCGAGCGCCCCGGUGCCCGUGGUCUGCUUUAGCCAGCCCCACGGGGAGGCGCUGGGCUCCCUGCAGGCGCUGCCCACCAGGGCCAUCUGCGGCCUGUCCCGCAACUUCUGCCUCCUGAUGACCUACAGCAAGGAGCAAGGCGUACGGAGCAUGAACAGCACGGACAUCCAGUGGUCGGCCAUUCUGAGCUGGGGCUACGCCGACAACAUCCUGAGGCUGAAGAGCAAGCAGAGCGAGCCUCCCGUCAACUUCAUCCAGAGCUCCCCGCAGCACCAGGUGACCAGCUGCGCGUGGGUGUCCGACAGCUGCCAGCUGUUCACCGGGAGCCGCUGUGGCGUCAUCACCGCCUACGCCAACAGGAUGACGGGCGGCCCGCCCUCAGAGAUAGAGAUGGAGUCGCAGGUGCACCUCUACGGGCACACUGAGGAGGUCACCAGCCUGUGUGUCUGCAAACCCUACAGCAUCCUCAUCAGCGUGAGCCGCGACGGCACCUGCGUCAUCUGGGACCUGAACAGGCUGUGCUACGUGCAGACUCUGGCAGGACACAAAAGCCCCGUCACAGCCGUCUCGGCCAGCGAAACGACGGGCGACAUCGCCACCGUGUGCGACUCAGCUGGCGGGGGCAGUGACCUCAGGCUCUGGACGGUGAACGGGGACCUGGUGGGACACGUGCACUGCAGGGAGGUCAUCUGCUCCGUGGCCUUCUCCAACCAGCCGGAGGGCGUGUCCAUCAACGUGAUCGCAGGCGGCCUGGAAAACGGGACCGUGAGGCUGUGGAGCACGUGGGACCUGAAGCCCGUGCGGGAGAUCGCCUUCCCCAAGUCCAGCAAGCCCAUCGUCAGCCUCACGUUCUCCUGCGACGGCCACCACCUGUACACGGCCAACAGCGAGGGCACCGUGAUCGCCUGGUGCCGCCGGGACCAGCAGCGCCUGAAGCACCCCAUGUUUUACUCCUUCCUGAGCAGCUACGCGGCCGGCUGA